CAGCAACGAGCAGCUAUGGAUGAGUUGCGGUUGCGCAUAAGACGAGAAAAUUUAACUGUGGAAGGACAUGAUGAUGACUAUACGCUGCUACGAUUCCUCAUGGCCCGGGACUUCAGCAUCGACAAGGCACUAUCCAUGUACCGUGACAUGCGUGCAUGGCGCAUUGAGAAUCGCGUCAACGGGCUCUACGAGUCAGAUCCUACGGGGCUUGCUUACCCGCAGAAGGAGCAAUUAUUGCAGGUCUACCCGCACUUUUACUUCAACACCGACAAGUUUGGACGGCCCGUGUACAUCGAGCUACUUGGUCGCACCGACGCGGCGGCCCUGUUCGCUACCAUCAGCAUGGACGACCUGAUCCGCUAUCACGUCUGGACCUGGGAGCGCUAUCUGCGCUGCUACCUGCCCGCCUGCUCCGCGGCUGCAGGGCGCCAUAUCUGCACCACAACCGUCAUCAUCGACCUGGCGGGCCUCUCCUUGAUGAAUUUCAACAGCUCGACCCAGAAGCUGCUCACCACGUUCUCCAAAAUUGACCAGGACUACUACCCCGAGCACCUGGGUACUAUGUUUGUUAUCAACACGCCGCUCAUCUUCCGGGGCAUCUGGGCGGCAGUGCAACCGCUGCUGCAGGAGCGCACCCGCAAGAAGAUCGUCAUCCUGGGCUCCGACUACCUGCCCACUCUGACUCAGAUGGUGCCCAUCGAGCGCCUGCCUGACAUUUUCGGCGGC